AUGGGGGUGGGGGACCGGAUACAUCAAGGACGGCCAGGGAGAUGGAUGGUAUUCACUGGUAUUGAGAUCAAGAAGUCUGAUGUGGAAACGAACCUCGAUUGCCGUUCGGUUUUGGGUUUCAGGGUCCAUGUUCCAGUGGAUCUCUGGAUGAAGACAACCAAGUGGAUGGAUCAUAUUCAGUUUCAAUCAAUCCGACACUCAUCUCCUGUCAUCCGAGAAUUCCCAACACUUCUGCGGUUUUAUCGAGUAGAAAAUGGCAACAACUUUUCUGAAAUUAUCAUAUCGUCGAUCAGUAUUGACUCAUUAAUUCGCCGGAUAUAAUUAGAUUGACUUAAUUAUUUGAUUCUGAACUUUGUCACAUUAAAUUGUUACAUGUUCAAGUCAAUUUGGGCGUUAACCGUCUAAUGGGAACACUUUCUUCGACGUCUGCUCCUACUGAACUGAAGAUUCCUUUUAGGAAAAUAGAUUUAAUUGGAUAAUCUCAUGUUUGCGGAAUGAUAUGCACUUAGAAAUCGAGGAUGUUAUUUUCUUCCUUUAUAAGGCAAUUUUGAGCGAUCACUUCUCAGUGAUUUGAGGAAUAAAAUUGAUGGAGUGCAUUAAACACGUGCGUUAAUACGGGGUUAUUCUUACCUGCAUCCUGACUGUUUGGUUCAACCAUCAGAUAGAUUAGUUGGUUUAUAUAUUCCGUUAUCAGCGGAAGACAACCGACAAUUUAGUCUAAUGCUGUCAAAUA